GGUAAUGAACAGUUGCUUAACAUGGCACUUUUUCUUGUAAAUACGUACGUAAACAACUGUCACCCAACAAACACAAGGGCACACACACACUCAGACAAAUCAAAGUGACAUAAAAUUUUUGACGUAAUGGUUGGAAGCAAAUAAAAAUCCACAGUGAAAACAAAAAAUCGCCCUGCCGAGUAAAUAAAUUGUGUUAAAUUUUGUUUACAAACGAAAUAACGACGGCCAGCAGUGAAUGCAAUGCAAGAAAAGUGCAAUAUUUAAUUGUGCAUACCAAUUUGAUACGACCGGAAAAUUUUCCGUUUUUCUUCCUGUGGAAAGGGGUUAAAACAAAAAAGGUUAAAGAGGAAAAUUGCAAAAAAAAAAGUGUCAGUGGUUUUCUGCUUGCUGCACAGAAAAAAAGAGAAUUUCGUAAACACUCCCUCGCUUUUUAAGAGUGUUUUUAACGCACGCUCUUUGUGAGAUACGGUUUUUAUUAUUGUUUUUGUGGGGCCAUCACUCUGGCGUUUGUCUGGCACAGCUCCCCAAUUUAGUCGAGAGUAAACCUUUGCGACGAGAGCAACGUUGUUUCCCACGUAGCGUUAUCCCCAAGCAAACGGGUGUAGCAAUGUGAAAAAUUCCAAAAUUACACAGUGAAAAAGGAAAAACCCAUUUCUACAAGAAAAUCAAACGAAAAAUUCAGUGAAUUGCUUAGAUUCAGAAGCCAAUAAUUGCAUAUUAUAAAAAUAAAUUCUUGUGAUCUUUUUGAAAUUUUUUGAAAAAAAAAAAAAAAUAAAAAUAAAAAAAUACACACCCACCGUUUGUUAAAUUGGAGACAACCGACCAAAAGUCAAAUCAAAUAGCCUACGCGCGUGAAUAAGCAAAAGUGUGCUAUUAAAAACCUUACCCCCGGAACGAAAACUCAAGUCUCUUUCUAUUACGGCCGCCUGACGAAACAAAAGUCUUUUUUUGCUUUAAUACGUUUACGGUAGGCUUUGCGCAGAAAAAUCGAUAUUUUUACAUUGAUUAAAAAUCCCCCCUUCAAACGACAAGCAACAAUAGAAGCAGCAGGCUUUUCAAGGCGUGUGAAUCAAGUGAUUGUCCAUGAAAAUUGAAAUUUAUAUCCUCCCCCUAUUUAUUGAAGGAAAUGAAAAUCAAUUAAUGAGUUUUGUGCAACAAAAUAAGAAAAGUAGCCCAUAACUGAAUGUGUGUGAGUGUUGAACGAAAAGAAGAAAAAAAUAUUUGUAAUCAAGUGUUGAACACGAACAACGGCCAGAAGAAGAAGAAAAACCAGUGGCAUUGUGUGGAUACCAAAGAACCAACAACAACAUCAUCACCAUACCAAGCUAAAACCUUUAAACAAUUGAUAUAAACGGGAUUUCCAAAAACGCCCUGCUGCCUAAUAUUCCAUCCUUGACUGUUUUAUCUUCAUCAAGGUUACGAAGGAAUAACAUUCCAUAAGAAAUCAAAAAAACAAAAUAAUAUAGAAAGUUUAUUGUUUCUCCAAAUAGGAAAUAAAAUAAAACUAUCAACUUAGUAUUUGGUGCGUAAACGUCAAAGGAAAUUCAUAAUUAAAAAAACCAAAAGCAAUACACACAAAAUACCUUAAAUCAGUCUCUUUCCAUACAGUGAAAUAAAGAGAAGAGAACAAAAUUCCCUUACACAGUGAGAGAGUUAACAAAACCAAAGAGCACAAGUGUUGUCAGUAAAUAAAAAAAGUAGGAAUUGCUUCGUGUUGCAAAAUUAUCAAUUGUUUCCCACAAAAUUUUAUUAAAAAAUAAAACCAUUUUUAAGAAAGUGUCGAAUUUUAUAAUAUAAACGCAUUACAACAAACAUAUUUUUGUUACAAAAUUUCAUUCACCAAAAAGUGAGUCACGUUUCGAGCCAUAUCAAAUCAACGAGAUAGCAGCAAACCAAAAAAGAAGAAGAAGAAGCAAGAAUACAUUCUCUCUCUCUAUACGUGUUUGUGUGCCCGGCUACCAUCCCCCAAACCCCGACCACAACGUUUGAUAUCAGUCAUCAGUACACGCUACUCCACAAGCAAAAAAAUAUACACACCACCAACAACAACCAUACUAAACAAGGGGGAGACCAACAUAUUUUUGAUGCUCUCCAAUCUGAAACAAAAAAAAAAAAUGCCAGUGUAUAAUCAUUAAGUGGAUUUUAUGUUAGAGUGGCAUUGAAAAAUCUUAUUGGAAAAAGAAUUGAAAUAAAAAAGAACAAAGCGAAAAAAACACGACAAUUAAUAAAUGCGACAAAAAAUUAACCAAAAGAUCAACGACAGAAAAGAAAUCACGAAAUCAAACACUAAUAUUCAACAAAUGCCAGUUAAUAAAACAAGUAUUGGACAGCAUAGAAGUAUUGAAAUUUAAAUACCUAUACUAGUUAGGAGAGAACCUUGGAAAAUUUUCAACGCAAAUCAGCUAGAGGCUAUUAAACCUUAAAAGAAGCAACAACAAAAAACAAGCCGAUCAACACUACCAGUAGUUUUACUUAACUAAAUUUUAAUACCGCCGCCGCAACCACAAGAAGUAAAACCAGCAUCAUGACAAAAGACAGAUUAGCCGCUUUACAUGCCGCCCAAUCGGACGAUGAGGAAACCGAGGAGGUGGCCGUCAAUGUUGACGCCACCCAUGACUCCUAUAUGGAUGACUUCUUUGCUCAAGUUGAGGAGAUACGUAAUAUGAUAGAAAAAGUCCAAGAAAAUGUCGAAGAGGUAAAGAAAAAACACUCGGCCAUCCUCUCGGCUCCCCAGUCCGAUGAAAAAACCAAGCAGGAGCUUGAAGAUCUCAUGGCGGACAUCAAGAAGAAUGCCAACCGUGUGCGAGGCAAACUAAAAGGCAUCGAACAAAACAUCGAACAGGAAGAACAACAGAAUAAAUCCUCUGCUGAUUUGCGUAUUCGCAAAACGCAGCAUUCGACAUUGUCGCGAAAAUUCGUCGAAGUAAUGACCGAAUACAAUCGCACACAGACCGAUUAUCGUGAACGUUGCAAGGGUAGAAUACAGCGUCAAUUGGAAAUCACUGGCCGUGCCACAACCAACGAUGAACUCGAAGACAUGUUGGAACAGGGCAAUCCGGCCGUUUUCACGCAGGGCAUUAUCAUGGAAACGCAACAGGCCAAACAGACAUUGGCCGAUAUUGAAGCUCGUCACGCCGAUAUCAUGAAACUGGAGACAUCAAUUAAGGAGUUGCACGACAUGUUCAUGGACAUGGCUAUGUUGGUGGAGUCGCAGGGCGAAAUGAUUGAUCGCAUUGAAUACCAUGUGGAGCACGCUAUGGACUACGUGCAGACAGCAACUCAGGAUACAAAGAAAGCUUUGAAAUACCAGAGUAAAGCUCGCCGGAAGAAGAUUAUGAUUCUGCUUUGCUUGACUGUGUUGGGUAUCAUAGUUGCUGCAUAUGUUAGCAGUUAUUUCAUCAUGUUAUCCAAAUAAAAUAGUACAAUUAUCAUUAAUAGUUAUAGGCGAUGUCCAACACAUUCCUCCUCCUCCUUGAGCCUUGAAAUAUUUAUACAUAUUUAUUCCAGCUAAUGUCUGUUUUUGUCGAGAGAAAAAAAAAGAAUAAUAAACCAAAGAAUUGUUUUUAAUUUAAAACGAAUUUUGUUUUUUUUUUAUUUUAUUUUUUGCAAGACAUUUUCAGUAUUUUAUCUAUUAAUUUCAAUGAUUGGGAUUUUUUUAUUUCUCUGUUUAACACUUGGCAAGUUUUAUUAUCAAUAUAACAUGUUGUAGCAUAUAUGUACCUUUCACAAUCCGGUUUAAUAUCAAGAUUGCACUGUGAGUGCAACAACACCGCAGUGGGAAUGCAACGUAUGUUUGUUUGUCCUUUUCCCCAAGCAAAGCAACAACAGCAACAUGCAACUUCAUUUGAAAAAGAAGCCAACGUAAGCAACACAACCAACUCAAACUUAAACGUCAAACGCCUGGGAAUGCGCAACACCUUUGUUGGACCAAAUGCAAUGUUUGGGUUUCCGACAAGUUUUCUGUUUUUUUUUUUUUUUUUCUUAUUUCCUUUUCUUAGCACUUUUCUUUCCCACCACCGAACACACACACAAGUUCCUCCUAAUACGCCCUCUGUUGCACGGUCAUAAUAAAUGGCUUUAACACCAUCUACACCGAAAGCGUGACAAAAAAAAACCAAACCACACCACAGCAACAACAACAACAACAGUUGACACCUACUUUUUUCGUACAACUCUCUGUCUGUGAUUCGCAUACACACAUCCACACAUUUGUUUGUCUUGUAAAUUGUCCUUUGUCAAGGAUAACAACACACGAACUCACAACACCCAACACCUACCCAUAUAUUACUACUACUAACCACAUUAACAACAGACUCUCAGCAGCGUGCACACUGUACAAAAUGAAUGCAAGACAGAUGACAAGCACAGGUUGCUAUUCCAUGAACUACAACAACAACACCACAUAUCCAUACCACUACUACUACUACUACUCCUACUUCUACUUUAUGUUAUAACAAUAAAUGGGGGAAAAGCUUUAACUGCAAUGCGAUUCAAACGCGGGUGUUGCUAACUAAAAAAAAACGAGGAGCAACUCUUCAUAACCACCACCAACAUGGCUUAGCCAAAUGGCCAGCAAAAAAACCGCAAGAAAUGAACAAAUGUCACCAGUAAAAUGUCUAUGUCCAAUGUUUUCUACGCAUUCUCAUCAAAUCCUUACUACUAAUACAAAAUUUCGCCAGGAAUCAGGUCCGAACUAACAACUACCACCAACUACCAUAUCUAACGUAACAUCCUUUCUACAACAUUUGCUUACUCCUACUUGACUAAUCCAUCAAGCCAAGACUAAUUUAGACUGCAAAAUAAGAAUAUGGGAAUAGAGGCCAUGGAUAUAGAUUUGCAUCAAGAGCCCGGUAACCAGAAAUGGAAUCUGAGCAAAGAUGGAGGAGUAGCAACCAAGUGUUGGCAACAAUUUCAGCAACAAAGUGCCAAAAGAGGAGCUGGCUAAAUUAUUAAACAAUUUUACAGAAGCAGAACAAACAAAAAAGUGUUGAAAGUCACAUUACCUUCCACCUCUCGGUUCUGCUAUGCUGCACGCCUGCCAGAAUGUGGUAUUGUUUAAGCAAAUAAUAUCAAGGGCAGCAACAUGCCAUAAAGCAACAAAAAAAAUCAUGGAAACUGUUCUCCAACAAUAAUGUGAAAAGUUUGAUUGCCAAAAUUUAAUUUAGAUUUGUUGCUUUUUAUUACACUUUUAAGAAAAAUAUUAAAUAUUUGUUAUUUAAAAAUAUGAAAAAAGAUUUUUAGGCGAUAUAAUAAAAGAAAUUUGUAAGUUCAACUUACAAAUGGGGCUUAGAUCCAAAAUCAUAGCUAUUUUGGAUUACCCAAAAAUUUGUGAGUAAUUGAAUAUUUGGUAAUAUUUUCACAUUAGGUUUUAAAAUUAACUUUCAAAAAAUAAACUUGUCACCAAUCCGCGACUAUAGAUCUACAAGUUUUUGUAGAGAGAAACAAAAUGAGAGUUACAAAGAAGAUUUACAAUAGUUUCGAUAAUUUUCUCAUUCUUCCAUAUCCGCUUUAAGUUUAAAUACUUCUUUCGGGGAUCUUCCGGUCCUGAAAAAUAAAAAAACCAAACUUUCAAAAUAAACCUGUCACCAAUCCGCGAUUCUAGAUCUACAAGUUUUUAUAAAGUGAAAAAAAAUGAGAGAUACAAAGGAGAUUUACACUAGUUUCGAUCAUUUUCUCUUUCUUCCAUAUCCGCUUUAAGUUUUAAUACUUCUAUCGGAGAUCUUCCGGUCCUGAGCCUCAAUUCUUGUUCUAUGAAAAUGAAAUGAAAACUUUUAUAAAGGAAAGAAAUGCCAAAUGAAAAAUUUUAUAAAGGAAAUAUUUUUCCUUUCAUAUUUUCAUGGAACAAGAAUCCAGCCUCUGAAAGAGAAAAAACCCUAAACAAUAUCGGUAGAAAAAAUCACUCAUUUAGGCAGUGGCAUUCAUUUAUACCAGAGAUUGGGUAAUCGCUACUACAAAAUAUUAUUUUCGUCUUUAUCUGUCACUUUAUUGUUCUAGUAGUUGUCAUAAUCUUGAGCUUUAUAAAGGAUUAAUGCUAAUACUUAAAUUGAACGUCAUGACCAUUGAUCAGGGUGGCCCAAAUAGAAUAGACCAAAAUAGAAGUGUGUGAAAACGAUUCAAAACGAUUGAAUUUGGAAAUUAAAUUGUGUGCUAUAGUCGGCCAAUGAAUCAUCGUUGAACAAUCAUUUUCCCAGAUACUUAAAUGUUUUCCAAAACAAUAAAU